AAAGUGUAAGUGACAAAGAAUAUGAACUUAUUGUCAAUAAUAUGGUAUGGUGGUCUGGUCACUUAUUAGCUGGAACUGACGAGUCAUCAUCAUUGAUAACGACAAUCAUGGAUGAACUGAUGGAGUGUCCGUUCAAUUCUUCGCAUCGUAUUAUUCGACACCGAAUGCCAAUUCAUCUCGUCAAGUGCAAGAAAAGCUACACCGGUCCACCGCUGGAAUCAUGUCCAUACAACGCAAUGCAUAUGGUACCGAAGGAGAAAAUGGUACCACAUUUGAUGGAUUGUCCUGAUUAUCACAUAGCCCAAGGCGUAGGGUCGGACUAAUACGUUGGUGACUCGAGAGUGACAUUUAUUGUAAAUUCGAUUUAAUUUUAAGAUGGACAUGUAAAUAAAGAAGACACUGACGUUUCAAGUAAA